AAAGUGCAUAAAUGUAUUGUUAUUGGUGUUCAUGGGUUUUUUCCUAUAAAAAUAGUUCGAACAUUAAUCGGACAGCCGACGGGAACAUCAAUUAAGUUUGCGAGUGAGUGUAAAGAAGCAUUGAUAGAAUGGGGGAUAGAGAAUCAAAUGGAUUUGGAUAUUGAAACAAUUGCGUUAGAAGGAGAGGGAAGAAUCAGCGAUAGGGUUGAUAAUUUGAGUAAAUUGUUGGAAAAUUGGUAUGAUAAGAUAAUGAAGUGUGAUUUAUUGUUAUUUGCGACACAUUCACAAGGUGUUCCGGUUUCGAUAAAUAUAUUGGCUAAGUUAAUAAAAGAAAAAUAUGAGAUUGUUAAAAAUAUUAAAAAAAUUGGGUUAAUUGGAAUGGCAGGGAUUUGUCUUGGGCCAUUUCCUGGAUUAGAAGAGCGAUAUUUAAUUCGGGCAUAUUCUACAUUAGAAGCAGAUAUAAUGAUGGAAUUAUUUGAAUUUCAAAAUCCUAAAUCGAAGCAGUCCAAGAAUUUGAUUGAAAGUCUUAAAAUUAUUUUAAGAAAUAAUGUUAAGGUGACAUUUAUAGGGUCGAUUAAUGAUCAAUUGGUUCCAUUAUUUUCAUCACUUUGUUAUCAAAUGAAUCAUCCAAAUAUUUAUAGGGGAGUUUUUAUUCAUGGGCCAUUAUUAGAAAAUGAAUUUAAAGAUUGCAGAUUUUUAAUUGAUUUGAUUCAUAUUUGCGUGUUAAUUACAAAUGUUGGGUUUUCUGAUUUUGGGUUAAUCCAAGAAAUUAGUAAAUAUUUAAUGGGAAAUUUAACUGGUGGUGGCCAUUCUAAGAUUUAUCACGAACGGCAGGUUUAUAUUAAUGGAAUUCAAAAUGUGUUGGAAACCACUGAUUACGGAUUUUUAAAUAGUGAAAAAAGUGAUAAAGAUGGAAAUGGAAAUGAAAAUGGAAAUGGAAAUGAAAAUGGAAAUGGAAAUGAAAAUGAAAAUGAAAAUGAAAAUGAAAAUGACGAUUUUGGAUUUGAAAUAAAGCAGAUUGAUUGCAAGAAAAUAUCUAAAAAUAUUUAUUAUUUACCUUGGAUAUUAAAUAAUGUGAUAAAUGAGAUUAGAAAGGUCAAAAGUCUUGAAUCAAGACAGAUUAUACGAAAUUUAAAGAAAAGAUAUGAUGAAUGGGAGCCUAUUACUAAAGAACUAAAAGAGCUAAAGGAAUGUUUUGAAGCCAUUAAGCUUGAAAAA